AUGACAAGCAGUCAUCGUGCAAAUGACGAUGGUAGCGAAAUUGGUCAAGAUGCUAUAAGUACUGUUGAUGGAUUGACUUAUUAUGAUCCGGGCCAUCUUACCAGCGACGAGGACCCGGAGUCAUUUUCAAACUCUGUUCUUCGUGCUGCUGCUAGAAGGCUGUCGAACGUGAAUACGUCAGCUGGAGAUGAAGAGGAUCAAGAAAGUGAAGAAGAUUUUGAUGAUGGCGACGUAUUGCAGCAAAUGAAAAGCCCCAUACAGGCUAAUAGAGACCACCAACCAAUUUUACCUGCACCACCAAUCCCUCAUGAUGCUAUCAGAAAAACUAAACUUACAUCUAGUGAUGUCCAGCUAUUACGGCUUGUAACUGAGGCGGCAGAUCGAAGAAUUCGUUCCAACAGAAGCAAUAGUCCCAUAAAAGACAACGGAGAUUCGUCCCUUAACGAGGCGGAUUUUGCAGAACUUUUCCAGACCUACAAAGUUUUCACUGCAAGGAACAAAAUAACGCCAGAAAAUAAUCCUAGUUAUUACCACUGUUUAAAUGUCAUUGUCCAUCUAUGUAGCUACCCUCAGGAAACAUGGAGGGAGAGACUUGAACAGCUUCUUACGGAUUUUUCAUCGGCAGUAACUCGUCGUUUGAGAUAUCAGGACUUAGAACAGCGUUUGAAGAAGUUCCAACUAUACUAUCAGAGUCGAGUGCUUGGACUUUGGUAUAGCAGAUAUGUUGAACAAUCCAUGUACGACCAAAAUUUGCAGACUGUAGCUGCAAUUAGAUACAGACAGACUCUCAAGCGCGACGCUUUCAAAGUUUGGAAAUAUAAUUUUGAGGUAGAACAAUGGAGCUUAUCUUCUGCUGAACUAAGGUACGAGAAGAGUUUGUUGCGAAAGUCUCUUGCAAAGUUGUAUAACAAGUCUUCUUCAAUUGAGGGAGACAGAAACAUCGCUAAAAUGUUUAUCCUGGGAAAGUUUCUAUCUAAAUGGUCGAAGAGUUACCAUUACAACAAGCAGAUUGGAAAGUCAGCCAGUCUGAGAUAUAUGUCUGGAUUGAAACGUCGGAUAUUUUAUGACUGGACUUUUAAAUUUGAUGAAGAAAUGGCAGAAGCACGUGCUAACGAAACUAUUGCAAUCAAAUGUUUUAAUAGUUGGAAAAAUAAGACCGCUCGGUUUAUCCAAAUUGGCCUGAAGACUGAAGAACAGGCUGAUGCUCGGCUCGCGGAAAGAGCGAUACGACAAUGGUCAAAUUUAUUAGCAGACAGAUCUAAUGACUACUCUUUAGCUACGUCCGUUUAUAAAAAAAACCUGGCGGGUACCGUACUUGCUGUCUGGAAAAAGAGAACACAGCUAUCUCUGGCAGCAUAUCCACUUCUAGAAAAGAACUGGCAGUCUAAAGCCUCAGUGGUUUUUGGCAAUUGGCACUUAAGAACUCUUCAGUCAUUGGAGGCCAAGCGGUUUCGGGACUUUAUGCUUUGUCACAGAAUUCUGCGGUCAUGGAGACUACAAGCUGGAGCGGUGCUCAUCAUAAAAGGGAUAGAUGUGAAUAUUGUCAAGCAGAGGUUUCACUGCUGGCUAUUAUUGGAGCGACUUGAACUUGUGCUGCGGUAUCGAAAUAAUUCCAUCAAACUGAAAGUCCUCAAGCAUUGGUUUAUUAGGAGUCGCAGAUCAUUUCGCCACAACUGGGCUCUACAUAAAGAAGCAGUCAGUUAUGAUUGUGCACGAACACAGAUUAAGGCACUCUUUUCUUGGCAACGUAGGCUGAAAUCACAUAGGCAGGAUGAGCAAAAUGCUCAGGGUAUUUACAAACAGCGUAAGCAGAAAGAAUACUUCUCUAAGUACCUAGCAGCACUCUUUGAAUAUUCCCAAAACUACCAUCUUGCUUGCAAAACAUAUGAAAGAUCUGUGGUCACUCGUACUCUCUUGGAGUGGAGAGAUGAAGCUUACCGCCGAAAAUUUAAGAGGCUGGCGGCGACAUAUCGAGAACAAAAAAGAAAGUUCAAUCACCAACGCCUAAAAGUGGUCUUUGUAUUCUGGCGAUCGAGAUACGCUGAAGUUGUAAAUGAUCAACAGCUUGCACUGUCAAUGAUAACGCAAAGGGACCUGUUAGUGAAAAAGUCGACUUUUCAUGGAUGGGCUAGCAAAAUCGACCACUUUGAAAGUGAGCUUGAUCGUGCUAUUUACACCUACAAUGCUAACCUGUUAUCGUUAGCUAUUGAGAAAUGGAGGCAAAAGAACACGAAAAUACAGCAAGACAACGAUAUGGCAGGUUUGCGUGAUAUGAACCAACAAUGGUCAUUGCUGGGAAAGGUUCUCAGAGGCUGGAGUUACAAAGUGUCAGAACGCAAACGAGAUUACAGCCUAGCUGAUGAUAUAUACAGUAAAAGACAGAGAUCGAAAUUUGGGCGUAUUUGGAAGCUAUGGCACGCUAAAUAUUCCGAACAAACAUUAAUGCGCCAAUUUGGUCAAACAAAUAUAGGCUUUACGGAACUUGAAGAAAACAAAUCACCAACAGCCCGCUUCAAAAAUCCAACACAGAACAUACCACAUACGAUUGCGCGAAUCCCACAAGGGGCAUCAGGAAGCCCUGAUACUCGACACUUUCUCACUUCUAUCACAAAGCCGUCUACACUGUUUAACACCAGCCUACUGGAAACACCAACAAGAGCACGGGCCAGCGGAAUUAAUGUUCCACUAACGGCGGUGGAGCAAUGGAGGAAAAUGAAGUCCUCGUCCAAGUUACGAAACAAACUAUCAGACUCUAAUGAAUCUAACGAACCUAAUGACCCUGAGAUGAAUUUAACAGAUAAUUAA